AUGGCAGAUAUUUACCAACUCCUUCCACGGCUGGAUCUGAGACAAAAAACCCUCGUUGGUCUCAGCGUCUUGCUGUCCAUAUGGACAAUCUAUUUAGUUCUGUUCAGUGUCAGAGCAGGUCUCUCCAAGAUUCCUGGUCCAUGGCAUGCAAGAUAUAUGAAUGUGUGGAUGGCAUACAAAGCCUGGAGAUAUGCUAGUGCUGAAAACCGCUACGCCUUUUACAAAGACCUUCAGACGCGUUACGGCGAUGUGGUGCGGACCGGCCCCCAGACCGUCGUGGUGCUCGACCCGGCAGCCGUUCCCGCUAUAUAUGGAGUAUGUGCAAGGCUGAACAAAGGCCCUGCCUAUAAUGCUUUCCGGCUCGGCGGAGAGAACCGGAGCCUCCUCACGAUAUCUGAUGAAACGACGCAUGCCAAAUACAAACGUUUGGUCAGUAACGCUUUUAGCAUGAGUAGCAUGAAGGCAUAUGAGCCCCAUGUGGACGAAAUGGUUGGGAAAUUUGUUGGAGUCCUCGAUAAAUUUGCGACGACAGAGGAGUGCAUUGCUUCGAUGUCGUCUCCAAAAUCACUCUUGGGAAUGCACUGGGUUUUCUCGACGGAAAUGAUGCGCGUGCAGGAGGUCGCCACGUAUUCGGCACCGGUGUCACAGAUGCCUUGGCUGCAUAAGGUGCUCAAGGACAACCCCAGAGCGAGGCUGAGAGUCUCGAACGCGUUUGCGAAGCUCGUUGCGUCGAUCGUAUUUGCAAGGUUAGAGGCACAGAAACCUCCCCCAGGUCGACCAGACUUGUUGGCACAUUUCGUCGAAACACAUGCUAAAUCUCCCGAAUUGAUGGACGCCAACCUGGUCCUCACUUUGUCAUCAGGAAAUCUCGUUGGUGGUGGGCUUAGCCCGAGCCUAGUCCUUCCGGAAGGACAAGAUCGGGUGUUCCAAGAAGUGAAAGAUGCCAAUGUCACAUUUCCACUGAGCUUUGACGUGGUCAAGGACCUGCCGUAUCUCGACGGAAUAAUUCACGAGGGUUUCCGAUUGCAUACCUCGACCAGCUCGAAUUUGCAAAGAGUCACGGGACCCAGUGGGCUCGAGUUACCUAACGGCGUUUAUCUGCCUCCGAGAACGAACGUCGGGUGUCCAGCGAGCUUCAUUGAUCGCGAGCCCAGGGCGUUUGGCGAGGACGCUGAGUUGUUCAGGCCAGAGCGGUGGAUGCAACAAGAGGGCGAGAGUGAGCAGGAGUGGUGGAAACGAAGGAAUUUGAUGAACAGUACCGAGUUGAGCUUCGGACAGGGCUCUAGCACGUGCUUGGGAAAAAACGUGUCAUUGUUAGAAUUCUACAAGGGCGUCGCCACUCUGGUCACAAACUUCAAGUUCAAAGCACUCAAAGUUCCUAAGAAGGGCGAGACUUGGGUUCGGGUGAUCAGGAGGUGA